AUGAGUGGUAGAUUACCAAGUGAAAGUGAAGAUAUAGAGAAUGAAAAUCCUGAGUCUGAAGCAGAUGUGGAUAUCGAAAGAGAAAAUGUAGAUCAGAGUGAAACCAGUGAAUCAGCUGGACAUUUCCAGCAAGAUGCUCUUUCUUAUUCAAAUUCACAAAAUGAUGGUUGGGAGGCUUUGAAUAAUGUGGCACAAAAUGGAGCUGUGAAUGAUAAAAAUGAGAAUAGUAAUGUUGAAUGUGAAGCUGUUGAGAGUGAAAUGGUGCUUGACUCUGUUAAUGGUUCACAAGAAGGAAAUCAACUCCAGAAUAAUGUGACAAGUUGUAACAGCACCAGUUUUGACUGUGUUCCCCAGAUACAAUGUGAAGUGGUAAAUAAGAUUCCUGCAGACCAGGCCCCAGAAUGUGACCAAGCUAUGACUGAUUCUUGCCAUUCUUCGAGCUCUACUGCACAAUCUCCAAAUGACUUGGCAGCAUGUGAGGGGCAGGAAAAUAACCCAGAAGUUGUGAAUUCUGAAAAUAACAAUCCAGCAUCAUGUCCAGUACAAGGACCAAAUGGUGAUUCCAAUAACACACAAAGGCCUGAAAGUGAUGAAUUAGGUGCAAAUUUGGAACUGGUACCUGAAAGUGAUAAACAGACGUCAUCUUCUAAUUCUCAAAAGUCUGAGGUUGAGAAGCUACAAGAACAAGAAACAACUGCCAGUGAGGCAGAGUCAGCAAGUUCUGAUAAUGUUGAACAGGACAGUGCAAAAUCUCCUGAAUGUGAUAAUGUUAUAGUUUGUGAUAAACCUGUAAUGAGUGAUACAAAAUCUCAAUCCCCAGACCAUGUUAAUGGUGCCUCGGAGACAAGGUCUGCUGAUGUGCACAGUAAUUCCUUACAGCAUGAUCAUCAGGAUAGGGAAAACAUUAAGAUGUCUGUGAUUGAUACUGAAAAAGGUGCACAGAAUUCAGAAUCAUCUAAAAAUGUAGACAAAAUUGGUGCACUGAAUACAACCCAGAGUCAAAGUGAGCCUGAUGCUAAAAAUAAACCUAGGAAAUUCCCUAUUUCAAGGAAAUCCCCUCCAGGAAUUGACUUUCUUCAUUUAUCAGAUAGUUCUGAGGAUGAAUUGUUAAAUGAAUUAGAUGCAGCUUUGUUGAAUAGAUCUCAUUCUCAGAAAACAACACCAACUAAUUCAGCCAGAUCAACCCCAAAAUCUAAACCUGUUAUGCAAGAAGAGAAAGUACCUAUUAUAUCAUUAAGUGAACAGACACAAAAUGGAUUCAAACAAUUUCCAUUAAAAAAUUCUCAAAUAGCUCAAAAUGUUGAAGAAACAAUAGAAUCUUUGAAGAAAGAAUUACAGAGUAAAAAUGAAGAGUUGAAGUCAGCAAAAGUAUAUUCAGAAACACUACAAGAUAAGUUUAAACAGUUUGAAGAAGAAAAGAAAAUGCUGGCUACAGAAGUUAAAAUGUUAAGGGAACAAAAUGCUGAUAAUUUGUAUUUACCACAAAUAAAAGAGAUGGAGAAAACCAUAGCUUCACAACAGAAAGAAAUCCAACAAACCAAAGAAACUUUAGCAUCUCAUGACAACAUGGCCAAACGUAAAAUAGCUUCUAUGCAAAAUGACUAUAAAGCUAGAAUAGACCAGGUUACCAAGAUGUAUGAAGAUUGUUUAAGAGAGAAAGAUACCAUGGUAGUGAACUAUGCUGUGGCUGAACAGAAAAAUAUUGAAGCUAAAAAAGCUACAGAAAGAGCAGAACAGAAAUAUAGAGACUGUUUAAAAGAACAAGAAGCAAUUGCUAAUAAAUGUAAAUCUUUUAAAGCUGAAAAACAGAAAGCUGUAGCAGAUUAUGAAACAAAGCAAAAUGAACUGUCUGGUGCUUGUAAAGAAAUAGAAAGAAUGAAAGAAAUGCUGACUUCAGCUGAUGUCAGAAUUAAAUGGGCUCAAAAUAAAUUAAAAUCAGAACUUGAAAGUCACAAGGAAACUAAGAUAGAACUAGAGAAGACAAAUCAGAAAUUAAAGAUGGCAAGAGAAGAAACAUUACAAAUAAGAAAAGAUUGUCAAGCCAUUAUUAAAACUUACCAGGAAUCAGAGGAAAUAAAGUCUAACAGUUUAGAUAAAGAGUUGAAAUUAAAGGAAUCAGAACUGAUUGUACAAAGACAAGAGAAGAGUGAUUCACAGGAGGUAUAUAAUAUGACAGUGAAAGAAUUAGAGGUAUUAAAAGCUAAAUAUAAAGAUGCUGCAGCAGAAUUAAAAACAUUAAGAGAUAAGGUAUACUGUUUAGAAAGUGAAAGAAAAGAUAAUGAAGAAACUAUGACUAAAUAUCAAGAAAUUAUACAGAGUCAGAAAGGAGAGAAUAAAAGUCUACUAGAUAAACUUGGUAAUCAUGGUCAGUUAAAUGAUGAUUUUGAUAGAGCACAAGAUAUGAUAAAAACACUAGACAGAGAGAUAUCAGAGUUACGUAUUAAUAAUAAAGAUUUACAGAGUGAUAUAGAAGGCUGUCGAACUAGAGAGACAGAGUUACUAGAUUUAACACAGAAACUUAGUAGAACCAAUGCUAAAUUACAGUCAGAAAAUACUAAUGCCAAUAACCAGGUUGUAUCACUGAGUGGUAAGAAUAGUAAUAUGGAAAUGGAAAUUCAUAAUUUACAAGCUACAUGUAAUGAAUUGAGUUCUAGACUGGCUGAAGAUGGUAAUAAAUUUGAAAAUGAAUGUACAAGGUUAAAGGCUGAAUUAACAGAGAAAAAUAUAUCAGGACACUGUUAUAUAUAUUCUUUUGAUGAAAUUGCUGGUUUUACAGUAUCAGAGUUUAAACAAAAACUAGAAGAUGAGAAAGAUUUAAAUAAAGUUUUAAAAAGAAAACAUGCUAAUAAUGUCAAGGAUAUAACACGUCAAUUACAACAGGCUAGAAAGAAACUGGAAUCAUUUGAAAAUCAUCAUGGAGAAAAAGAUGGGACUAGUUUAGGAUCACGGACUAGUUCAAAUGGUUCAUUAAAUACAAUAACUGAUCAACAAACUCAUCAAAGUGGAGUAAAUAAUAAUAACAACCCACAUUCUGCUACUAAUCCUCAUCAUACAGUACAACCUCGACCACCAGAACCAGAAUAUCCAGUGAUAACAGAGCAAGUAGAAGUUGAUAAACAGGUAUUAAUAGAAAGAAUUGUCAGAUUACAGAAAGCUCAUGCCAGGAAAAAUGAAAAAUUAGAAUUUUUACAAGACCAUAUUCACCAGUUAGUUGAUGAGGUACAGAGGAAGAAAAAAAUAAUCCAGAGUUAUAUAUUGAGAGAAGAACAAGGAGCAUUAGCCCCAGAAGCAAUGGAUGAGAAUAAGAGAUCUAUGAUUAGGAGUGAGGUUCAGGCACUGCUAGCUAAGAAAGGUGGUAUAAUGGCUUCUUUAUACAGUCAUCAUUCACAGGAUGGUCACAUGACACUAGAUUUAUCUCUAGAAAUUAACCAGAAGUUACAAGGAGUGUUAGAAGAUACUUUAUUAAAGAAUAUCACCUUGAAGGAAAAUAUAGAUACACUAGGAACAGAAAUAGCCCGACUUUCAAAAGAAAACCGACAAAUACAACUAAAACUUCAAUCUCAAAGAUAG